AGACAGCAUGCAGUGUGCGCUUUUUGCAACGCUGCUGUGCGGGGUGGCCCUGGCCGACCAGUCGCCUUCGGCGGGGCGGCGCAUCUUUGGCGCUCAGUCGUCGUUGGACCCUGAAGUACACAUGAACAUUACGGAAAUCAUCCGCCGGUGGGGCUACCCGGCAGAGGAGCAUGAGGUGUCGACGGACGACGGCUACAUCUUGACUCUCAACAGGAUCCCUGCGGGACGCCAGCUCAAGCUAAGUGGCCGAGGCGUGGUUUUCCUCCAGCACGGCCUCCUGGCGGCCGGCAGCAACUGGAUCACCAACCCGCCGGCGUCCGGCCUGGGCUACGCGCUGGCCGACGCCGGCUACGAUGUUUGGCUGGGGAACAGCCGAGGGAACACCUGGUCUCGGAAACACCGCACGCUCACACCUGACUGCGAUGACUUCUGGAUGUUCAGUCAUGACGAAAUGGCCCUUUUGGAUCUUCCUGCGGUCGUGGACUACAUCCUGAAGGUGACGGGACAACAACAGGUGGCUUACCUGGGGCACUCUCAGGGGACCACCAUCGCCUUCAUGGCCUUCUCCACGCUACCGCACCUAGCGGCCAAGAUCAAAUUGUUUGUAGCUUUGGCUCCGGUGGCCACUGUGGCCUUUCCCAGCAGCCCCAUGAGCAAGCUGGCCUUCCUGCCCGAGUACCUGGUUUGGGAGCUGUUUGGAAGGCGGGACUUCCUGCCUCAGAGUCACAUGAUUGAGUGGUUCGCCGAGCACGUGUGUGGCAAACGUCUGACCAGCAAAUUGUGCGGGAAUCUCUUUUUCAUCCUGUGCGGCUUCGAUGAGCUCAACCUCAACAUGUCUCGCACGGCCGUCUACACCACGCACUGCCCCGCGGGCACAUCCGUCCAGAACAUGCUGCACUGGGCACAGGCCGUCGGCGGCGGAGGGAAGCUGUCUGCGUUUGACUUUGGCGCGGCGGGCAACAUGAAACAUUACAACCAGUCCACGCCCCCCCACUACCACGUCCAAGACAUGAAGGUCCCCACCGCCAUCUUCUCGGGGGGACGCGACACGCUAGCCGACCCAAAAGACGUUGCGCUGCUCCUCACCCAGGUGUCCAACCUGGUGUUUCAGCAGCACAUUCCCCACUGGGACCAUCUGGACUUCAUUUGGGGCCUGGACGCCCCGCGGCUCAUGUUUCCUGCCAUCCUCAAGCUGCUGCAGCAGUACGACUAGAGGGCUUCACUCGCUCGCUCACGCAGCUCAUUUUUCCUGCCAUCCUCAAGCUGCUGCCGCAAUACCACUAGAGGGCGCCACUCGCUCGCCGCUUGGACGUGGGCGGGGAGGCUUUUAGUCUUCAAAUCAACCGUUCAUUUGCCGCCACCCGCAUAAAACCACGUUUAAAUCUGCCAAACAGCGGAAAUGAAAAUGGGUGUCAUUAGCAUCAAGACGCAACACUGAACCAGCAUUCCACAUCAGCCAUCCAUUGAAUAAAUGCAUUCUUUGCAAAUGUA